CUUCCCUGUCUUCAUUAUAAUAAUUUAUCAAUUUUUAUUUCUAUAUAUAUUUAACUGGCAAAUUUAUUUGUUUACUUUUUUACAUUAAAUAUUAUUUUGUAUUAGACCACAGACUCUAGCUCUACUUCUUAUUAUUGCAUUAUUACGAUUUUUGGAUACCACCAAACGCUCCAACACUAUAUUUUUUAGAGAUGGGCAACCACUUGUCUUUCACAGUUACUGAGAGUGAGCUGAUGCGUCCUAUUUUUGCCAAGGAGAUGAGUGCCUCAUUGGACCCGCGAGGCAAGGCAGACGCUAUCAUGGUGGUUGUCAUUGCGACAGUUUAUGCCUUCAACUUUUUGGCAGUAAUUUAUAUGCUGUGGCAUAGAAACUACCCACCACUCAAGUCCAAAAACGUGAUCAUCAUGGCGUUCAUUUUUGUCGUCUCUGCCGUGUGGUACGUUGGAGAUCUGCAGGCCAACGGGCAUAUUCCGCUGGCAAACUCGGGCUUGACCAAUUGCAAGGCCUAUGGCCUCUGGAUGCGUAUCCUUCUGGGCGCGUGCGGCAUGUGCUCGCUGAUCGCGCUGAGGGCGUACGGACUGUACCGCGUUUUCAUACUCAAUCUGCCCUACCACAGCCUAGGUCUUUACGCGCCGUUUGCCCUCUACUGGCUGAGCGCACUGGUUGUAGGAUUGAUUUCGCAGUUUCUUGAUCCCAAGAUUACAACCGAGUUUGUUGAGCCUCUCGACCUCUGUGACUUUCACUCGGGAUUCAAGGGGGCACUGUACGCGUUCAUAUGGUCAAGCGUGUUUAUUGUAAUAUUUGUCCACUGGAAAAUUCGCAAUAUCAAGAGUUCGUUCAAUGAAAGCCGCGAGAUGCUGAUUACCUGCUCAAUCAUAUGUGGCGUGCUCUUGUACGCAACCAUCAUGAACUACCUGCGUCCAAUGUAUCCGUUAGACGUCCGCCUGCGGAUAAUCAACACGUCCCUGGAUCAUCUGGCGGCCAACUCGCUGUGGUGGCUCAUCAUGGGUGUGCCAUUGUACAAAUGCCUGUUCAACCGAUCGCUGUACCUCGAACUCUGGAUUAACAAGCUGCGCAGGGACGGGCUGCAAAGGGAAUACAAUGUCAACCCAAAUACAAUGUCCACCAACGCUCAUAGCUCGCUGCUGGUGAUAACUACGACUGGAGGCCCUAAUGACGCCAAAUUUUACAAGAUGGACAACAACGUCUACGAGAGCAAAGACUUUAACCCCAAGGAAUAUGCACACACCAGUAUCUCCAAAUCCAUUGAAAGCACCAUGAUUCCUAAUGACGCUAACAAUAAUAACCAGGUUAUUCGGUCACCGACUGCAGAUGGUCGCUUCCACAAGGCUAUACCGACGGAUACGGUUUAUGAUUCGCCAUUUACCUACAAUUUGUGCGUCGACAGCAUUUCACCAAAUACUCGCUCAGGUUCUUCCAGAAUUGCCUCGCGACUGUACACGCCAAUGUCCUUACCCGAAGAGACACUCCAGGCGCCUACCAAACUGAACGAUGCCUACAUCAGGCACUUGGACUAUGUCGAUUCUCCUGAGCGUCACCUUGUCUAAUUUUUUUUUAGUUUUUCGAUGAUAAAACAAAUCAUUUAAACUGGAAAAC